AUGAUCACAGCCGCUGCCUCGACGUCCUCGACCUCGGCAGCUACAGACCAAGCUGUCCACGGCCGGCAACCGAAACAGGGCCAGAGCCAGAGCCAGAGCCAGAGCCAGAGCCAGAGCCAGAGCCAGAGCCAGAGCCAGAGCCAGAGCCAGAGCCAGAGCCAGAGCCAGAGCCAGAGCCAGAGCCAGGGCCAGAGCCAGAGCCAGGGCCAGAACGAAAAAGAAAUCACAGUCACCGUCAACGAGACGGACGAGUCCAACCGCAUGCGGGACAUUGAGCCCAUGGAGGUGGAGGCCAACGGCGACCAAACAGGAACACGCCGGCAAGAAGCGAAGGCGCCAAUUCCCAUCUACUUCUGGGGCGGCAUCCCGCCCAUUGUCUAUGGCGAUCUUGGCGGCGUCGACCGCUGGAUUUGGCUCAUCACGGCCAACUUGCUGGCCUCGGCCGCCGUCUGCCCCUUUGUCGGUGCCCUGUCCGACCUCAUGGGCCGUCGCUAUGUCGCCUUGCUCGGCUGCGGCCUUGUCGUCGUAGGCCAGCUCGUCUGCGCCUUUGCCCACAACAUGAACUCGUUUAUUGAACUGACAAAAUCAGCCGGUAUGGCCAUCUCAGGCGUCGGCGCCGGCAUUAACGAACUGACCGCCCUGGCCGGCACCGCCGAAAUCGCGCCCACCAGCCAGCGCGGCAAGUACAUUGGCUUCCUCAUCCUCACCAUCCUGCCCUUUUGCCCGGCCGUCCUCUGGGCCAAUCUCAUCGCCACUAACGCCGGCUGGCGCUUUGUCGGCGUCCUGACCGCCGUCUACUCCUUUGCCGGCCUGCUCGUCCUCGCCGUCUUCUACCACCCACCGCCCCGUGCCAACAGCGCCGGCUUCCACUCCUGGCGCAGCGAGAUUCUGCCGCGCAUCGACGUCGUCGGCGGCGUCUUAUCCAUUGGCGGCAUUGUCCUUUUGGUCGCCGGCCUGCUCUGGGCCGGCUAUCAGUAUGCCUGGUCGAGCGCCCACGUCUUGGCGCCCCUGAUCAUUGGCGUUGCGCUGCUGGUUGCCUUUGCCUUUUGGCAGUCCCGCCUCGCGCCCUACCCCAUGGUGCCACGCCGCCUCGUCGGCCCUCACCACGAAGGUGCCACCGGCCCGCCGCCCCGCACGCGCACCAUGUGGCUGGCCCUCGUCAUCACCUUUGUGUCCGGCGCCAACUUCUUCUCCGUCCUCAUGCUGUGGCCCUCGCAGGCCUACAACAUGUACGGCCACGAUCCCGUCGGCGUCGGCCUGCGCGGCCUGCCCUUUGCCCUGUCUGUCCUCAUCGGCUGCAUCAUCUCGCUCGCCAUCCUGACCCGCUGGCGCGGCGGCAACCGCUGGCUGCUCUUUGGCGCCAGCGUUGUCAUGACGGCCGGCUGCGGCUCGCUGGCUGCCGCCACGCUCGACAACCUUGCCGCCGUCUAUGUCAUCUUGGUCCUUGCCGGUCUCGGCGUCGGCGGUAUCGUCGUUCCCGCAUCACUCGUCGCCAUGGUUAUCUGCCCCGAGGACCUGAUUGCCACGGCCACGGCCAUAACCCUGGCUGUCCGCGUCGUGGGCGGUGCGGUCGGCUACUGCGUCUACUACAACGUCUUCUUGCACGAGCUGGUACCGCGCCUCGAGUCCGAGCUGAUUGGCACUGUCCUCCAGGGCCUGCAGAGCGCCGCAGCCGCGUCGCCCACGGGCUCCACGGGCGUCACCAACGUGACGGCCUUGAUUAGCCAGGUCAUUAUGCUGACGGCCACGUCCCAGACGGAGGUCAUUGCCGGUCUCGAGGGCAUCGGCGGGCCCGAUUCGGCCUUGUAUCACUCGAUCAUAACCGCCGGCCAGCAGGCGUACGCCGGUGCCUACCCGUUCGUGUAUUAUAGCAGCAUCGGCUUCGGCGUCAUCUCCAUGAUUGCCAGUCUGUUCAUGGACGACAUUGGCAUGUACAUGGAUGACCACAUCUCCGUGGUCAUUUGA